CCGAAGGAAAUCAGUGACAUCAAGCAGUUUCUCGAGAUCUCAAAACGCAAGGAUGCCUCCGAGGCCCGCAUAAAAAGAAUCGCUGCCAAGGGUCGCGGUGGAAAACUUCAGACAAAGUUCAAGCUAAGAUGUUCACGAUACUUGUACACACUGUCCCUCGAUGACCCGGAAAAAGCUGAAAAGCUAAGACAGAGUCUUCCUCCUGGUACCUUGUGGUCAUUUUUACGUGGGAACACCUUACUUAUACUGUUGUAG